AAGCGAGCUUGGAUCUUCCUCAAGCUCAAUCUUGACUUGGACCAGAACUUCAAUAACUCAAUUGCCCCAUCGAGCUCUCUGAAGGAUCUUCGUACACAGCAAGUGCACAGAGCACACGAGUCACCGCAUCUUAUCUUUUCGCAGAUAACGUUUCUAAUACUAAGCGUGGUGCAGCCAGAUCACCAGACAUUCAUGGUUCGUGCUUCACAGGCGACUACCUUCUCAUCUUCUGCCUACUUCGACGAUCGGGGGCCGCACGGUACUGCUCAGCCGAUAACUGAACAUGUCAAUCCACAUUCUCGUCCCAUAGUUUCAUAUUUUUUCCCUAAAGGCGUCGGUGAACACCAUUAUGGGGAACGCCAUCCGAUGAAACCACACAGACUGACCUUGACCAACGCCCUGGUUAUGGGUUAUGGUCUUGACAAGCAAAUACAUCACAUAUAUAAUCCUCGUCCAGCUACUCAAGCUGAGUUAGAGAUGUACCAUGACCACGACUAUAUUGAUUUUCUUUCACGUGUGACACCAAAUAACCAGAACGAAAUGCGGCAUCUUAUUGACACGUUUAACUGUGUCGAAGAUUGCCCAAUAUUUUCUGAAAUGUAUGAUUUUUGUCGUAUGUAUGCUGGAGCUUCCCUCGCAGGUGCAAGGAAGCUUACGGCGGGUACUUGUGAUACUGCAAUCAAUUGGUCGGGUGGGCUUCAUCAUGCCAAACGUGGAGAAGCAAGUGGUUUCUGUUACGUCAACGAUAUUGUUCUGGCAAUUCUUGAACUUCUGAGAUAUCAUCCCAGAGUACUCUACAUAGAUAUCGACAUCCAUCACGGGGACGGCGUAGAGCUCGCAUUUUAUCAUUCGAAUCGUGUUAUGACGGUAUCCUUCCACAAAUACACUGGCGAUUUCUUCCCUGGGACGGGUAAACUCGACGAUAACGGUGCAAGCUUGGGCAAGCACUUUUGCCUGAAUGUGCCUUUACAAGAUGGGAUCGAUGAUGAUAUGUACUUGACAAUAUUCAAAACUGUCAUUGAAGACACCGUCACGGCUUUCCGCCCGACAUCUAUUGUCUUGCAGUGCGGUGCAGACUCGUUAGGAUGCGACCGACUCGGGGCAUUUAAUCUAUCUAUAGCAGCCCAUGGUGAAUGUGUGAACUUUGUUAGGAAGUUCAAUGUACCGCUGCUUGUAUUAGGAGGAGGAGGCUACACCAUCAAAAAUGUCAGCCGCUGUUGGACAUAUGAAACCGCCGUUCUUGUCGGGGCGACAAUACCCGAUGAGCUUCCAGCCACAGUUUACGAUCCAUUCUUCCGCGACUCGCAGUGGAAGCUUCAUCCUCCCCUCACAGGACGCGUCGAGAACCAAAACUCACCAGCAUCAUUGCAACGAAUAACCAUUAGCAUUCGGAACAAGCUGCGGUAUUUGCAAGGUGCACCAAGUGUCGCCAUGCAAGAAAUACCGCCUGAUUUGGAGGGUUGGCUUGCCGAUGAAGAACGUAAACAGGACGAGAUCGAUGAAGAGCGGGGAACUGCACUCGCAGGAGAGCGAAGAAGCGACCGAACAAUGGCGCGCAAUGAGUUUUUCGAAGGUGACAACGAUGUGGACCAGGACGAGGGCCCUGUAUCUGUGAAGAGAACCGUCAGCUCAAGAAAGCCCCGUGCGUCAGGAAAGCGGGCACGGGGAAAGGCAAGAGGGAGACCGAGUGCCAGUGCAAAAGAAGACGGGGAGGAGACAGAAGAAAUACCGGUCGCGGCAGCCUCUCGCACUACGAAGCCAAGGAGAACAGCGAAACCCCGAGCUCGAGCCCGCGCAAAACCUGCAGAAAAAGAUAAAGACCUUCCGGAUGGAGAUCUCGAAGCUGCUGUCGAUGCAGAGACUGACGCACCGACACCAGUGGAUUUGGAUAUUGACAUAUCGUGAAGCUGCGACGCUUGUCGUCCUGUUCACUUCAGAAUCUAGAUGUUCGAUGCUUUUGUGAAACGCUAAUAGGUAUAUCCAUGCUUCCUACUUCUCUCGAUGUAUAUGUUUUGGCUCAGAGCCUCUUGAUCAUAGGUAGUUUGGUCGGAUGGCCCAUGACACCUCUUCUCAAUGGCGUUCUUUAUGUAUAGCAUAGCUGUACAUUUGGUCGGAGGCAUCAGAUGCCUUGGCUGCUCGCGCGGCGCGGCGCGCCUGUCAUCGCUAUGCCUCCGCGUGUUGAAUCGACCAUCUUGAUUUUGCACCGGCUAUGUGAUUGGAGAACACAGGUUUCAUGAUAAUGCCUGGCCUGAUGUACUAUGAGUACUAGAUAUUUGAGUAAGGCCCCUACAUGA